AUGAGAUCCUUCAGCGACUCGAUAUCCCGCUGGACAGCGGCCCUUACCCUCCUCUGGCUGGGCCUGGUCAAUGCUCACACCGUCAUCACUUACCCCGGAUAUCGAGGUAACAACCUGCACACCAACGGUACGGUCGAAGAGACCAACGGUUUGGGUGUCGCUUGGAAGAACGGCUCCUAUGUCUACCCCUAUGGAAUGCAAUGGAUCUAUCCCUGUGGUGGUAUGGCCACCUCCCGCAACCGCACCAAAUGGCCCGUCACCGGUGGUGCUGUCGCCGUGCAACCAGGCUGGUUCCGCGGCCAUGAGACGGCCUUCGUCUACAUCAACAUCGGCUGGGGUACCAUCCCUCCCAACAUGAGUAACCCCAUGCUCUCGGUCUUUGAAAUCGAAGGUCCCACCAACAACCCUUACCCUGGUACCAUCUGUAUGCCGCAGGUGCCGCUGCCGGCCAAUAUGAGUGUGAGCCCGGGUGAUAAUGCGACGAUCCAGGUGGUGUUGGCGGCGAAGCAUGGUGCUGCUCUUUACGAUUGUGUGGACAUCACCUUCGCGGAACCUGAAGACGUCGAGGAGGUGACGAAAGACAACUGCUUCAACUCGACGGAUAUCGCCUUCAAGUAUGUCUUUGCUUCGAAGUCGCUGACAACCUCUGGGGCACUGGCGCGGCUAAGUAGUCCCGGAUUGACGGCCGCGGUGCCGGUGCUGGUGAUGGUGGUGUUCGGACUGUUUAUGAUGUGA